GAUAUUAGUAUUAGUAUCAUAUUAGUCUGUGUUGAUAUUUUAUUUUUGGAAAAAGAUAAUUAAAUUUUGUGUUGUUGUGGAUUUUAGAUAUUAGGAAAGACGGAAAAGAUGGUUAGUUGUAGUAUUUUAGGCUGUAAUAGUAAUAGUCAACGAAAAAUAGACAAUAUAACCUUUCAUCGCUUUCCUAAGGAACCAGCUAUUCAUAAUUGUUGGAUAAAUGCUACCGGUCGUGAUAAUUGGCUACCAACAAAACAUAGCCGUGUCUGUUCAAAACAUUUUGAGCCUCAUUGUUUUAGACAAACUGGAUGCGUAACAUUGCUUAAUUUGAGAUCCAUUCCAAGGCUUUAUGUACAUAACAAACCGGAACUACCUCUCUCUCCUAUUCAAAUUCCAAGAACUAACGUUCAAGAAUCUCUCCCAUGCAAAUGUGUAAAUCAAAUUCAAAAAUUUAGAACUUCUAAAACUUCUAAAGCUACUCAAACCAUGUUUUACAAUGAGUGUUUUGGUAACAAGACUCAAACACCGUGAUAUCUGCACAAAUGGCGGUAAUAUUAACAGCCCCACUGCGCGUCAGAUUAAAGCAGCCUAUAAAAGAAUUCUUGUACAUGAAGUUUUAAAACACAUCACAACAGAGUAAUAAGUUUUUGUAUCUGGAAAUCAUCAUUUAUUAUUAUGAAAUAAAACAAAACCAUAUCAAGAAAUCUUUACAAAGGAAGGUGCGACGCCGCAGCAGAUUAAAAAGUGAAUGUAUGCUGUGUACGGAGAGUCUGCAUCUUCAUAAGCGACUCAUCGUGAAGGAGGUCUGAGUAGUUAGUUUAUACCAGUUCUGGCUCACUGAGUCAGAACUGUACAACUCACCAUCCUCAGUCCUCAUUAAUAAAACCUCAUUGAUAAACCACGCUCACAUUGGAUAGCUUUAUACAUCGAUACGAUUGGCAUCGGUCAAUAUUUUGAUUCAUAUGGACGAUCACCUGCACGAUAUCAUCUAGAGUUUUUAUAAAAGAAUUGUAAAAGAUGGAACUGGAAUGUUGAUAGGAUCAGAAUGAGUGGACUUAGACCAGAACUUCAGCUUGUGGUGAAUAUUGCUCAAUGUAUUUGCUAUAUAAGUUUCAGGGAUGUUCAAUGCAUAGUUUUACGAGCAUAUUUACAGGGAGCACACUGUACAACGAUAUUUUAGUGGAUGAGAUGUUUCGCUCCUAUUUUAUAAAUAAUAAGCAAUAAAAAUUGU